CACUCACAGGCAGGGCCAGGCCAGCGCAGCCAUGGCAGCCGUGCUAACCUGGAUCCCUCUCCUUGUGGGUCUCCUGGCAGGGCUGGGGGGCACCAAGGCCCAGCAGACCACCCUACACCCGCUUGUGGGCCGCGUCUUUGUGCACACCUUGGAUCAUGCGACCUUUCUGCACCUUCCCGAGGACGUCGCUGUCCCCCCCACUGUCCGCAUCACCUACCAUGCCCACCUCCAGGGACACCCAGACCUGCCCCGGUGGCUGCGCUACACCCAGCGCAGCCCCCACCACCCUGGCUUCCUCUACGGCAGCGCUACCCCAGAAGAUCACGGGAGCCAGGUCAUCGAGGUCACAGCCUACAAUCGGGACAGCUUUGACACCGCUCAACAGAGGCUGAUGCUAGUGAUUCGGGACCCAGAAGGUCCGCUGCUGCCAUACCAAGCUGAGUUCCUGGUUCUCAGCCACGAUGUGGAGGAGGUGCUGCCCUCGAUGCCUGCCAGCCACUUCCUCACAGCCCUGGGGGGGCUCUGGGAGCCCGGGGAGCUCCAGCUGCUCAACAUCACUUCUGCCUUGGACCGUGGGGGCCGUGUCCCACUUCCCAUUGAGGGCCGCAAGGAAGGGGUGUAUAUCAAGGUAGGCUCUGCCUCACCCUUCUCUACCUGCCUGAAGAUGGUGGCAUCCCCCGACAGCCAUGCCCGCUGCGCCCAGGGCCAGCCUCCACUUCUAUCCUGCUAUGACACCUUGGCACCCUACUUCCGCAUUGACUGGUGCAAUGUGUCCCUGGUGGACAAGUCAGUGCCAGAGCCUGCAGAUGAGGACUCAACCCCAGGCUAUGGGAUCCUGGAGCAUGACCCAUUCUUCUGCCCACCCACCGAGGCCCCAGCCCGUGACUUCCUGGUGGACGCUCUGGUCACCCUCCUGGUGCCCCUGCUGGUAGCCCUGCUGCUCACCUUGCUGCUGGCCUACAUCAUGUGCUGCCGACGGGAGGGACGGCUGAAGAGAGACCUGGCCACCUCCGACAUCCAGAUGGUCCACCACUGCACCAUCCAUGGGAACACAGAGGAGCUGCGGCAGAUGGCAGGCAACCGCGAGGUGCCCCGGCCACUCUCCACCCUGCCCAUGUUCAAUGUGCGCACAGGUGAGCGGCUGCCCCCCCGCGUGGACAGCGCCCAGGUGCCCCUCAUCCUGGACCAGCACUGAGGCCUCGCCAGCUGAUCCAGGUCCAGCCCUGGCCUCACCCUCCCUUCUCUGUCCACUCGGAGCAGCCACGACCCCUGGCCAGCCACAUCCCACCUGCUGGUUCCAGCUCCUGGCCCAGCUGGACCCCAGGCUCUGAACAAGCAGAGAGAUGGAUGGGGCAGGGUGGCGGUGUUCAGUGUCAGGACACGCAGAAUAAAUACCUGCUGCUCUGC